AUGCUAAGACCCCACGAGCGAGAACGCAUGUUGGCAAUGCCAAUGUCAGUGGUCAAGCACGAUGGGUACGAAAGUCACCCACCUAUGGCCAUGAUCAUCUGCUCUACCCAGAGCCCAAAGCCCAAAGGCCUGAUGACUUUCGAUGUUGAUGUUGUAAAGGAAAGGCGGAGAUUUCCGGAGAUUGGUGGUUUAAGGAGUCACAAGGUCCACAGAGCCCAUCGCUAG